ACUUUUAUUUUAUCUCCUGGUUAGUCGGGUCUGACUGGAUUCGUUGUGUUGCUAAGCUAAAGGCAGAAAUGGUCCGUCCAUUUUUUAAACUAUUUGACAGCAAAAUGCACAUUUCAGAGAUCCCCAGUUGCAGACGGAUCGAGGCGGUGUUCACUAGCGCCCCCACUGCACUGGAGGGCUUUAAGGCUCAUGCCGUGUUUCAGGAGAUUGCUAAAAAGCUGGAGGAGGAAGGCAAUCAGUACGUGAAGAAGAUCGGAGGUGUGUUCGCUUUCAAAGUGAAAGACGGCCCGGACGGCAGAGAGGCCACGUGGAUUGUAAACGUGCGUGACGGAAAGGGCUGCGUCCACAACGACGCCUCUAAGAAGGUGGACUGUACCAUCUUGAUGACGGAUUCUGACCUGCUGGCCCUCAUGACGGGGAAGAUAAAUCCUCAGACUGCGUUUUUCCAGGGAAAGCUGAAGAUCACGGGGAACAUGGGAAUGGCCAUGAAGCUCCAGAACCUGCAGCUACAACCGGGCAAAGCCAAGCUGUGAGGUUCCACCCACGUGGACGAGCGUCCCCUCCGUCAUUGCCUCUCGAGCGGGGACGGAGAGUCGCGUCUCUUCUUUCUGUGUUUUAGGCUACGUCUACGUUAAUCCGGAUCAAAUUUGAAAAUGGCGUUUCCGUGAUGUGGCGUGGACUGAGAAGACGGAGAUGUUCGAAAACACUGACGUGUUUUUAGUCAUGUGAGCCGUUAAGCUAAAAAAACAAAAAAACAAAAAACAAGAUGGUGGACGAUGUUGUACCGCAGCCGUUGUGCCUGAUAUCCAGUUUGAUAGCAUCGUAAAAGAUUAAUGCCACAAUAAAUAAAUAAUAAAUAAAUAAACAAACGGCCGACGGAAAUGACACAGGUCAAAACUUUUAACGUUUUCACGUUUUUUUUAAUAAGAACGUGUUUAAAAACGAAAACGUGAUUUUCAGAUCUGUCCGAAUGAAUGUGGACGUAGCCUAAGACUUCAGACCUGCGGUUAGAGUAGCACUUAGAGGACAUAGCUGAUUUCCACUCGCUCAUCGCUAAAGCCGAGAUCAGCACCACUGAGCUCCGACAUGUUCCCACCUCAACACCGGAUCAUUUCCCAGUCCUCCUCCUCCUUUACUUCUUUAUUCCUUUUGUGAAACUUUUUUGGUUAAAAAUUAAACAUACGCACAUUCCUGCUUACCACAAACGUAGACGAUCGGCCAUGACACGUUCGGUGGGCGGAGUUUGGAGUGAUUUCUGAAAACGGUUGUGUGAUUUUAACAGCGCCACCUGCAGCACUGGAGCGCACUGAUGUGACGAGCAGAAUGAAACCACAGAGCGUAUACCAACUCACGAAGGUGUCUCGUGUCCGCGGUAAGAAAGCCGAAGAUGUUAGCGUUCAUGUAUUUCCAUUUCAUUACUUGCUAAAAAUGUUUUUUUAGCUUUUUUCCUGGUUGUUUUUUUUUUAGUAUGAUAUCUUCCCAAUCAUCAGGACGCAGGCGGUGACAUUUAUCAGCUCUAAUUCAUGAAAAAUAAAGUAAUAUUCCAACUUUCCAUAAUUUUUCCAAUGAAAAAGUGUUUAUGUUGGCAGAUGCAUCACUUACAAACUCCCAAAAUUCCCAGUCCCCAUGUGACAUGAAUGCUCCGUUCAGAAGCAGGACAGAGAAGCAAAGAUCCUGAUCCAGAAACAGAUGAUGAUAAUAAUAAUAAUAAUAAUAAUAAUAAUAAUAACAUGAGUGUAAUAGUUCAUUCUGACUCUGUAACACUAAAACAUUCCUGAUUAUCAAUGAUAAUCCCAUCAUCCGAUCCGAGGACAAUGGAAUUCCAUUUCCACACGUCCUUCUGCAGCGCGUCUCCGGGUCAGCCUGGGCGGAGCUUAAAGUUACAUACGAUCACGCCACAAUACAUUACCUAACACGAUAUUACUUCUUAGCAUGAGCUGGGGAAAACCCGUGAAUAAUUAAUGAGCAGCAGUCGCAUCAUCCAAUCACAGUGCAGAAAAAUCUUUGCGACGACGAACGUGCAUUUUAUCACAGUGUAAGCGUAGCUAUGUACUCUACGUCAUAUCAGUGUAGACAGCUAGCCCGUGCUGGCCAUCUUAUGUGAGCUAACUUUAGCUGAGUGAUUUUACUUGCUAGCUAGCUAGCUAGCUAAAGUUAAGUGUGAUUAUAUGAAAACAUGUGGAAGCAUGCGUUUGGCCUCACAGCUCUCAGUAGUAGCUGACAUGCUAUGCAACAGCGCUAGUUCAUUGGAGUUGUGUAAUUAAGCAACAAAUAAACUGGGGGGGAAAUGGAGUUUAAUUUAAAAACUUUGCUAGCGAUCAUGGCUACUGGGUUUAUACAGACCUAUAACGCUACAGAGGUGUCGUUAACAUCAGCUAAGCUAAAUAAAAAUGUCUGGCUAAAGUAGCUAGCUGGCUAAUUAUGUUAGCUAAUGUUGCUACACUGCUGUCAUGUAACAUAAACCAGGAGUUCGUACUGAACUGAAGAAAUGAAAAGAAAUGUUUGUGUUGGGUGAUGUUAUGUGAUCAAAUGUAACUUAAGCUCCGCCUCUUGUUGAUCCAGUAAAAUGAAGUGGACAGGAGAGAGAGAGAGAGAGUGUGUGUGUGUGUGUGUGUUUUCAUGGUUUAAUAAAAGUUAUGAUAAUAUAGCAAUCUAAAUAAAAUUUUGUGACGUUUGAACCUG